GCAUCAACGCGGUUACAUUGCUCCAAAAUACCAAGAUGGCGGGCACUCGUCCCGUCCAAAACACAGCUAAAAGAAAGAAAACUGUUUCGUUUGUAAUCAGAGAUGAAGUAGAAACGCAGCAUCGUGGUGGUGUAAAUGCCCUUCAACUGGACAGGGCCACUGGAAGAUUGUUUACUGCGGGAAGAGAUUCGGUUAUUCGGUGCUGGAAUGUUGAAUCUCGAAACUCGGCCAAGCACUAUGUGUCUUCGUUAGAACACCACAAUGAUUGGGUGAACGACAUUGUGCUGUGUCGCAAUGGAAAGACAUUAAUCUCCGCUUCAUCUGAUGCUACAGUCAAGGUAUGGGAUGCUGUAAAAGGGUUCUGUAUGUCAACACUACGAACACAUAAGGAUUAUGUCAAAGCUUUGGCAUAUGCUAGGGACAAAGAGCUUGUAGCAUCAGGCGGUUUGGACAAACAGAUUUAUCUUUGGGAUGUAAACACUCUAACAGCUCUGACUGCAACAAACAACACUGUGACAACAUCUUCUUUAAGUGGUCAGAAAGACUCUAUUUAUAGUCUUGCAAUGAAUAAUGCUGGAACUGUUCUUAUCUCAGGAUCUACGGAAAAGGCAUUACGUGUCUGGGAUCCUAGAACAUGUGAAAAAAUGAUGAAGUUACGUGGUCAUAUGGACAAUGUGAAAAGUGUCCUACUCAAUGCUGAAGGCACACAGUGUCUCUCUGGUAGUUCAGAUGGUACAGUUCGUUUGUGGUCACUUGGGCAGCAACGCUGUAUUGCAACAUUUAGGGUACAUGAACAAGGAGUAUGGACUGUUUUACCUAAUGAAGGCUUUACAAGGUUUUACUCCAGUGGAAGAGAUCAGAGAGUGAUCCUGACUGGUAUAAGAGAAGAUGACUGUUCUACCUUGUUAUUUAUUGAGGAAGCACCUGUAUUGGCAAUGGAACUUUCUGCUGAUGAACGAACAAUGUGGGUAUCAACUUCUGAUUCUGAUUUCAAACAAUGGCCAAUAGUAACAAAAAAUAGUAACGGGACAAUACGCUUCGACGAAGUAGAGCCCAGUCCUUCGUGUGAGCAACCUAUUGAUGUCAUCAAAGGUGCGGCAAGUAUUACAAAUUUUCACGUCUUAAACGACCGGCGACACAUAUUGACGAAAGAUUCCAAUGGCCUUGUCAAACUUUGGGAUGUUUUAAAGGUUUGUCUUAAAGAGACCUUGGGAUUUGUUGAUUUUGAUACAGAAAUACAAAAAAGAUUUGAGAAGAUAUUUGUCCCACAUUGGUUUACAGUUGAUAUAAAGAUUGGGCUUUUAAUGAUCCAUCUUGAGGAAAGCGAUUGUUUUAGCGCUUGGCUCUCUUCCUGCGAUGUCUCUGACGUAACACCAAAGGUUAUAGAUGGAAAACCUGCUUUGAACAUCACGAAUUAUGUAAAUUACGGUAUGUUGUUGUUACAAGCUUUGUUUGAGUUUUGGCCCGAAACUCAUUGCCUGCCGGAGGUCGCCGAUAAAGAAUGUCACUCAGUGAAAGAAGCUGACGCGAGUGCUAGCGAUGUAGACAUUAACGUGGAACCGCCUGCUCAAAUAAUUCCCGGUAAUGGUUGCUUCAGCAUUCCCAUUCAUACGCCUGUUAUUAUGAGUGAAAGUUUUGGUACGGGAAGAACAUUGCUACGUUUUCUUGCUGUUGAUGCAUCAGGGGAGACUGAACAAUGUUUGCUAUCAGAGAUUACACCCCCCUGGAUUUAUGACGUCGUUGUCAAGAAAAUAAACCCAAAGUCAAACAAACUCGCUUUUUUUUUGUUGCCACAUUCGUCAAGUUUGAAAUCGCAGAAGAGAGACCGUCUGUGUGCGAGUGACAUGAUUCAAAUGAAGAAAGUUAUGGAACAUGUUUACGAGAAAUUUAUCGGAACGGAUGGUGGCAACAGUACUCCUGGUAACGAACGAGAACCAAGCACUGUAGACAGUGAAGAUAUGUCCCAGAUUGCACAUUCAAAAAUUGAAUUGUAUUGCAAUGAUCAGCUUCUAGACCCUACGAUGGAUUUAAGGACAGUAAAGCAUUAUCUUUGGAAAAAUAGUGGGGAGAUUGUUUUACAUUAUAAAAUACUGAAGUGAACGAAAAAUAUAUUUGAAAUAGAUAGCUAAGUCUCUAAUUAUUUAUUGAUUCUCUAAAGGCCAAUAGUUGUGAUAAUUUGCGUGAUUUCUGAAUCUCUCCAUUAUUUGUAAGUUGUAAAUAGUUUCAACAAGAAGUAGCUCGUGUAGUUAUCUUUGAUAGAUUGCAAAAAAAAAUAAUGCGACGACA